AUGGAAACUUGCUUAUGUGAAGAAGUGCCCAAAUGUACAAACUUUCAAUCGGCCAUUUGCCUGCAUUGCAAUCGACGACUAUGUCUUUUGCAUAUAACCGAACAUAACCAGUUUGUUUUCAGUCAGUAUCAACAAUUAACGAACGAGAUCGAAAAAAUGUCUCAAUACAUAAACAAUGAAUACGAAAAAACACGCGAUGUUUACCAAACCAUUCUUACUGAUGUUAAUAAUUGGCGUGCUAGACAAUUAGAAAAAAUCGGUGAAAUCUAUGAGAGUCAUUUGCAGUAUGUCGAAUCUCGACAAGAGACUUUAAGUAAUACUCAUCAGCAGUUAUCGGAACUACUCGAUCGCGAAGCUCGACAACCAUUAAAAGUUACAACUGAUCAGAAUAUGAUUACGUCAAGAUUAUGGAAUCAUGUUCAAGAAAUAAUCAAACGUGUACAACAUGACAGUGCACAGUUGAAAUGGAACUCAUUAAUGUCGAUGGCAUUAAAUAGGGAGUGUCUAUCAAUCAAUUCUUCACCCAAACAAGUAUCUUCAUCAAGUGAUAUUAAAGUACGUCGGCAGAAAACGUCAUCGUACACAUUAGCAUCCCUUCGGCAGGUGAACCUUCGAAAAUUUCGGCCAUUUAAACGUCUUGUUAGCAUGUUCGGGAAUGUCAAGAAUGUAGAACACAGUAAAUCAGAAAUCGUCAGUUACAUCGGAAGACAAAAUCCAGAGAUGCCGAUUCCAAAUAUCAUUUCAUCGUUCCUAGCAGCUUGGAAUCGAACUACUGAUGUUAAUGAAAAGAACGUUAUUUUGAAAGAAUAUACCUCAUUGAUUCGAAACUAUAUCUCAUUUAGUCCCAAUGAUUUUAGUGUUUUAGUGGGCAUACAUGCAUUCUUUUUCAAUAAACGAAUAGAAGAAUGUAAAAGAGAACUCAUGACAACGAUCUUACAUUUUUUUGUUGAUAAUAAUUGUUUAAAUGUGAAUCAAGUUAUUUACUGGUUUAAAAAUAAAGAUGAAAAUGUAUACAAGGGCUUCGAUGGCGCGAAACAAAUGACAGCACCGUUCAUAAAAUCCUUAUGGAUGAAUAGAAUAGAUAACAAUCAACAAGCCGCUGUAAUGCAAACGGAUGUUGAAGAAAGGGAAAAGAAACCAUUUGAGUCCUUAUAG